AUGGUGAAAGAAGACUGGACGAGAUCAAAAACGGAGGAGGAACGAGAAAUUAUGAUAAGACGCGCGCAAACUGCACGCCUGAUAAUGAAAUGGGGAUACUUCGUCAUGUUCAUCUCGUACAUUCUGGUUGUGAUCUUUCCCAGCUUCGGUAUAUCCUUGAGAUACCUGACGAAUAUUACCGAUCCGGGCCGAUUAAUGCCUCUGCAGACUUAUUACAUGUACAACACUAAUGAGAGUCCGCUUUACGAGAUCACUUUUUUUCUGCAAGGCCUCAGUUUGAUGGCGACCGCGAAUACGUACACCAAUACGGACACCUUCAUGGGAGGUCUAGUCUUUCACGUAUGCGGCCAGCUCGAGAAUCUCAAAGCGCGUAUCCUAAAUGUGGAAUUUCAUCGCUUCGAGGACUCCCUAUCGGCCAACGUGCAAGAGCAUGCACGUCUUAUGAGAUCUAUCAAAAUAAUUGACGACACGUUUACUUUAAUGCUGCUUGGGCUACUAAUUUAUUUCGGCAUACUCUUUGCUCUGUACGGAUAUUUAUUUGUUACUGUAAUAACACAAGGUUAUGAUCUCUCUUUCUCCCGAUUUCUUUUCAUUGCUAGUGCUUCUGUCGCUGCAUUCGCACACAUGUGUUUAUACUGUAUCGUAGGUGAAAUUUUAGUCACUCAAUGCAACGAAAUUUUUGAGGCCGCAUGCGAAUACAAGUGGUACAAAUUGGAGCCACGGAAAGCGAAAACUUUAUUGAUUCUAAUGAUUCGGGCCAAUAAACCGCUAUAUAUUACUGCGGGGAAAUUAUUCCCUAUGACAAUGUCUACGCUUUGUAAUCUGAUAAAGACUUCGGGCGGUUAUAUAUCAUUUUGUUGGCCUAUCGUGAAUGAAGAGAAGAUUUUCAGGAGUUUUAGCGUAGCAUUUUAAUGCAUUGUUACAGUGUGGAAGCUAAUUUGGUCGUCUACAGUCAAGUGUGUAAUAUCGGAACUUGGCAAAAGGAUAACUGUUUAUGAAAGUUACAGCAGGAUCAGCAUGGAAAACUUUCACAUCAAUUGUUGCACCUCACAAUUUCAGUGAAUUAAUAAUAAGAGAGAAACACACGGUUUCACAAAGUUAUAGCUAAGGACGUCUCGAAAACAUGUGCGAUAUAUUAUGUACAUCUGUAAAACAUCUAUAUAGACCUUUAAACAUAGCGAAUUUCUUAAACUUAUAAUUGUAAAACGAACAGUGUUCUUCAUUCGAAACAUAAUAAAGAUUAAUUACAUACA